UCAUACUAUUCAGAAAUUGCUAAGUCAUCCAGUCUGAUACAAACAAUACAAGUUCACGUCAAAAUAAAUCAAAAUGUUUGGACAAAGUUGGAGCCCCUGGAAUGUGAAAAAUGCUUUUGCCUGUUCUGAUAUUUUUCCACGUUAAAUUGUGAACCCGGAAAAAACAUGUUCCAGUUGAGCUUGUCUUAUUCAGAAUGUACGUCACUGUUCAUUGGACUGCGACCACACAAUGGCAUUUUCUGCUCUUAUCUUAUCUAUUUGGGCAAUAUCCGUGACGUUUUGUGCUGCGGUAGGUCAGCUACAAUGCCAAAAUAUAUUAAUCCAUAUUGGGGAUACACCUAUAUCUGUCAGGUGUGCGAGCAACGACCCUAGAAAUAUUUUAUCAUUGUAUAAAAAUGGUAUAAAAGUUCAAUCUUCAGAAAACGUGUCACUGGAGUGGGUGCGUAAUGUAUCUGGAACGCACCUCACCAUGAUUGACAAAUCGUCAUACAGUGAAGUUCAAACAGUGCCUUUUGAGUGCAGGGGGAUAUCAAAAUUAAACCCAGCCGCUUUAAAACGGCGAUUCUGCCAUCUAACAGUCUGUAAGCAUGAUGAAGAGUUAACAUGCCAUUUGAAUGCAACGUUGACAGACCGGCUUUACAAUGCUUACUGUAAAUACCGUGCAGGAUGCAGAACUGUACCGGUGUGCUAUGUAAAUGAUCAGAAAUUGCCUGGGCUUGGUCCUAAGCUCAUCAACUCCAAAUAUCAUAUGCAAUUUCAAGUUACUCUUGGACCCAAUGAUGUAAUGGAGUGUCAGCUUCAGAAUCCAUCCAUGCUAGAAAUUUUCUGGCAGAGAGUGCAGGUUCGUCCUCCCCAACUAAACAUCUCCUCUAACAAGGAUGAAACCACAGUCCAACGAAACUCCAAUGAAAGCCUUGAGAUUCCGGGUGAAGCAAAACCAGGUUCCCAAGAUGAAACCACAGAGUUUAACAGAGGUCCUGAGAGUCCAGAGGGAGACAGAUCAGGUUCCCAGAUGCCAUUAAUGGAGCAGCAACCCAAGAGUUGGCCAUUUCUACUAGUACUACUCCCCCUAUUUCUACUUCUCGUAUUUAUCUCCCCUCUGAUAUGUACUUGUUCAUCGAAAGAGCUUCCUGUCACUCCUGGAUUUCAUUUUUGCUGAUCAAAAAAGGGGAGCAUAGUUCUAUCCGACCUCAAGAUACCCUCCAGUUCCCAGCAGUUUCUGACAGGUUUGCCUUGAGAUCUAUAAUGAGCUCAUUAUCUAGGGGUCACUGCUCACAACACUGUUGCUUUCUUCAUGGAUACGCUGCUGAAUAAGUCAAGAGACCAAACAAAUUAACUAAUUAGGUGUACCUUGAUUCCCAAUAAUCUGUGCCAGUGAUGCAACUUACAGCACAAUCACCACAUUUACACUGAUCCACCAAGGCAAUCAAAGGGGGAUAAGCAAGUGUAAACGUGAGGUGGAUCCGGGGUCUGAUCCGAAUCUAAUCCAUCUUUCUCGAUCCCCCUUUCAGAAAGUAUCAGAUCGGGCAAUUAAAUGCAAGUGGUGGAUUAUAGACCCUUCAAUUUUAAACAUCCACAUUCAGUUUGCAUGGUGCAGUUGAGUUUUGAAGUCCAAAAAUCCAUAAAAAUUUUUCAUUUGAGGGACGCCUUACUCAGUGCUAGUUCUCAUGCAGUCCACUGCACAAUAUGGUUGUCACUUCAUUCCUGACCAUACUGUGUAAAUUUAGAUAAACGAACAUGUACUUCCCAACCAAUUCUGCCUCAAGUUCCCAUUAUCUUUUUUGCAUGCUUUUUCUUCAGUUAGUUAGGUCCGUAAUUCUUGUGAAUUGUUACAGCUUUUUCGUCUGCAGAACAUGUUCUGAAAAGUUUAUCUUGGUCAUAGUUCAAAGUCAUGGUGUCCCAUACAGGGCAGUAAAAGCAAAAUUUAUUUCACAGACAGCGGAAUGGUAAUUUGAUGUUGAGUACAUAUAUUAAAUAUUUGUGAAUAUUUGGGCCCAAUAUCAGCAAGAAAUUGAAGCCGAAGUGAGCGGCAACUCCGCUUGAUGUGCCGUAGCAACAGUGAUGAAGUUGAAAUGUAGUCACAGGUAAAGCCAGUAGACCUAAAGCAUAGGUUUUUGCACCGACUGUAUACCCUGCAAAAAAUGACUGCUAGUACUUUGACAGCCUAAACUCAGUGACCUUCCUUCUCUUGCAAAAGGAGGAUCAAAACAGGAUCAGGAUCCAGUGUAAAUGCUUCACAGUUCAUUUGCUGUUAGUACCCCUUGAUUGUAUUUUUCUCCUGGAUCUCAAUCCCCCUUGGCAGGAUCCUGUGCAAAUGAUGUCUAUGGGAGGGAAGGCUCAUAGUUUAAGUACUCUCUCAAAUCCUUCUAAGCUACUACGAAUAGUGGUGAUAACAGCUGAGCAUUCUGUUAUUCAAUGGCUUUGCCACUCAGGGGUAAUCAAGCUGUUUAUACAGUUGUUUUGUCUGGCUCUAUGACCUCUUGCACAUACCAGUUACCACUGUUCAUGAUUGAAGUUGGGCCUAAUGAAACUGCCCACAGCCAAAACCCAGCAGAAACAGCAAGGAACCAAAGACCAGCUGCGGGUUGGAUAGAAAGGUGUUUCUUUACUCAGUAUUCUCUCUAUGUUGGUAACUGAUUGUCUAUUUGAUUUAUAUUUGCUGCACCCCACCACACUUCUACAUGUAGAAUAAAAUGCUGAAUUUGUGUUACAGUGAAAAAUGUGGUAGUGAGAUUAAGAGUACUGCCAAAUAUCGAACCAGUGAGGAAGGAACCAAGAUGAAGGACAAUCGAUUCAACAUGUUUCAUACAAAAAAGAAUGUGACUGACUACGUUUUGAGUACUUUUGUCUAAAAAAAUUACCUCUUAUCAAACAGUGAUGGUCAGAGAGGUCACCAUUUAAACAUAUCAAUGAUUAUGCCAAAGAGUUUUGAUUUUAUCUUUCAAAAAGAACUUAGCAGAACUUUUUAAGGUUAAAGAGUUUGCUGAAAUCAUGGAACACUCAGGUAAACUCUUGUAGAAAAAGUACCAAAUUUCAGACUAUGCAACUACAAGUAUAGCUUUUUAUCAUAAAGGGCUUCGGCAACAUGUAGUUUGUAUGCAGUACCCACAAUGUGUAAUUCUGUUCCAUUUAAUCUCACAAUCAAUUUUUGUCAUGCCAUUUUAAGGGCAUUUU